CGCCGCGACAUCGGCAUGGUGUUCCAGCGGUUCAACCUGUUCCCCCAUAUGACCGCGCUGGAAAAUAUCAUCGAGGCGCCGAUCCAGGUGCUGGGCACCCCGCGUGCCGAAGCGUUGGAACAGGCGCGCGGUUUGCUUGCGCGGGUGGGCCUGGCGGACAAGGCCAGCCACUACCCGUCGAUGCUCUCCGGGGGCCAGCAGCAACGGGUAGCGAUUGCCCGCGCGCUGGCAAUGAAACCCCAGGCCAUGCUGUUCGACGAACCCACCAGCGCCCUUGACCCGGAAACCGUCGGCGAAGUGCUGCAAGUGAUGAAAGAACUGGCCGAGGAGGGCAUGACCAUGGUGGUGGUGACCCAUGAAAUGGGCUUUGCCCGUGAGGUGGCUGAUCGCGUGGUGGUGCUCGAUCAGGGCGAACUGAUUGAGCAAGGGCCACCGGAACAGAUCUUCAGCCAUCCCAGCCACCCGCGUACCCGAGCGUUUCUCAGUCGCGUGCUCUGAACGCACGCCAACCCCCCGUAUUCAAGA